UCACAUCCAUUAGCAAACGAUGGUUACUUGGGCAUUCUCAAAAUCUUCUGCCAUGAAACGUCUUUUGUUGCUCCUGCUCUGCAUUUCCGUAGUUAAAUCCAGUUCUGACUAUGAUGAAGAGGGAGAAGACAGUUCACAUAAGACUCUGGAUGUGCGGACUUACCGGCCAGUAGAUAGGAGAAAGGAAGAAAUUCCAACUCUGAGACCAGCUCCACCUCCCAUCAGCGGGGGAGGAUACCGAGCACGUCCACCCCAGCCUCAGUCUAUUCAACAGAAGAAAUUGGAAAGAAAAGCCCCUGAUGCUGGAGGCUGCAUCCAUGCUGAUACUGAUAUGGGAGUGUUGUGUCCAACAGGAUGUAUGCUGCAAGAUACAUUAGUGAAACAGGAAAGAACUGUGAAAACCAGCGUUAAAGACCUAGGGGCUGAAGUGGACUCCUUUUCUCAGAGUACUUCCACCAACUUCCAGUACCUGGGCAUCCUAAGGGACAUGUGGGGUAAAAGACAGAAGCAAGUAAUAGACAAUGAAAAUGCAGUAAAUGGGUUUUCUUCUGAACUAGAAAAGCAUCAAAUUUAUAUCCAGGAGACUGUGAACACUCAUAUCCCGAAUAACCUUCGAGUGCUUCGUUCAAUCCUAGAAAACCUAAGAAGCAAAAUACAGAAAUUAGAAAGUGAUGUUUCUGCCCAAAUGGACUACUGCCGCAAACCAUGCACUGUCAGUUGUAAUAUCCCAGUGGUUUCAGGCAAAGAGUGUGAAGAAAUUAUUAGGAAAGGAGGUGAUACAUCUGAAAUGUAUCUCAUUCAGCCCGACAAUUCUGUCAAACCAUAUAGAGUUUAUUGUGAUAUGAAGACAGAAAAUGGAGGAUGGACAGUAAUCCAGAAACGUCAGGAUGGUAGUGUUGACUUUGGCAGAAAAUGGGAUGCAUACAGAAACGGAUUUGGAAAUGUUGCAACCAAUGAAGGUGCAAAGAAAUACUGUAGUUUACCAGGUGAAUAUUGGCUUGGAAAUGAUAAAAUUAGCCAGCUUACCAAAAUAGGACCCACUGAACUUUUGAUUGAAAUGGAAGAUUGGAAAGGUGAUAAGGUGAAGGCUCAUUAUGGAGGAUUCACAGUACAGGAUAAAGGCAACAAUUACCAGAUCUCUGUUAGUAAAUAUAAAGGAACUGCCGGCAAUGCCCUUAUGGAAGGCGCAUCCCAGCUGGUGGGAGAGAACAGGACCAUGACGAUUCACAACGGCAUGUUCUUCAGCACAUAUGACAGAGAUAAUGAUGGGUGGGUAACUACAGAUUCAAGUAAACAGUGUUCUAAGGAAGAUGGUGGUGGAUGGUGGUACAACAGAUGCCACUCAGCUAACCCAAAUGGCAGAUACUAUUGGGGUGGCCAUUACAGCUGGGAUAUGGCAAAACAUGGCACAGAUGAUGGAGUAGUGUGGAUGAAUUGGAAGGGGUCAUGGUAUUCAUUGAAGGCGAUGUCUAUGAAGAUCAGACCAUUCUUUCCACAAUAGUAGUCCCAAAAACUAACAGAUUUUUAAAAAUCUUCCCACAUGGGACAAUUUUAUAUGUUUUUAAUAGAAUGUUCCUUUUCAUAUUGGAAGCAAAUCUCCCAAAGGUUAUAGGUAUAACAUAAAUUAGAAAGGCUAUUCAGGGUAAAAGCCAUUAAAUACUGUAUAACUCUAUAAUUUUGAUUUGUUUUUUUUUUGUCAAGAAGCUACUCAAAGGAAAAUUAGAGAAACAGAGUCAUUUAUAAAUUUCAACUCUACCUGGUCAUGAAAAACAUUAAAAUAGGUGGAAGAAUGUUAUAUAGUUGUGAAAAAUCUACAAGGCAAACUAAAAGCUGAUGUUUAAAAUUCCACUUCAUCAACCAUAUUUAUUUAUGCGAAGUUCUGUGAGAAAGUUUUCCAAAGAAGUGUUCAUUAAACACCUUACACUGCGAUAA